AUGCCCGCUCGCCCAUCGUCCUGCUUUCCCCACACUCAUUCUCCCUCGCUUUUCAUCUCAUCUCGUCCCGUCUGCCCUCCCUGUGCGGUGCACCUGCCCCCUCGCCCCCCGUGUUACAGGUUCUGUGGUAACCACAUCCCAGAGGUUGCAGCACUGCGAGUGCCCUGCCCGGUCGACCCCUCCCAGUACGCUCCUCUCCUCUCCCCCUCCAUUCUGCGCCCCUCAUUUGUCUCCUCUCCUCACUCUCCUCCUCCUCUCCCCACCCCCUCCCCCCCUCACUCUCCUCCUCCCCUCAAUCUACCGCUCUUUUCCCUCCUUGUCCAAUUGCACGUCGCCAAGUGUCCUGCAGCCGUGCAGAGGGGGUUGACAGAGGGAGCAGCGUACUUCAAGGGCGGCCUCAAUGCGAGAGGGCCGCCACUAGGUGCCACCAGCAGCUCCACGGCCCAGGCAGGGGGUCAUGCUGCUGCUGACUCCACUGCUGCUCAUGCCCAUAUCGCUGCUGCUGCUGCUGCUGCUGCUGCUGCUGCUGCUGCUGCUGCUGCUGCCCCUGCGGCUCCCACUACUGCUGCUGCGGCGCCUGUGCCUGACGGACAGGCCACGGCUGCAUCCGCCUCUGCCGGCAAGCGAAUGGCCUCAUCAUCAUCAGCAGCAGCAGCGAGGAGGCAGAUGGUGGCGGCGCUGGGGCAAGGCGAGUGGCAGCGCCUGCUGCGCCUGCUGGGGGAGGCACACGCCGUGGCCUUUGGGGGCCACGACGGAGUGUGCCAUUCAAGCCACGGCAUGAGUGUGCCAUUUGAGCCGCGCCAUGUGAAGCAGCAGGCGUCCAUCCUCGCCAACCUGGCCCGCGUGGGUCUGCUGCGCCCCCUGCCGCGCCCGCGCACGGUUGAGCGCCCAGCAACACAGACAGGCGCGCAGGCAGAGGGGGGUGCAGUGGUGCAGGGAGGGGCGCAAAGAGGCAGCAGCCCAGCAGGGCGCGUGAGAGGGGCAGCAGAGCAGGCAGGGGGGGAAGAGGCGGGGCAGCAGCGUGGGGGCGAAGCGGCGGUGGAGAAGCGGUCCCUCGCCGGGGGGGCUGCAGCCGUGCAGCACGCAGGGGAGGAGGAGGGGCGGCACGGUGGGCACAAGGGGCUGGAGGUCACAGUGCACGAGGGCGAGAGCAGGGGCGAUGGCGGGGGCGAUGGCGACAGCGAGGGGUCGGGCAGGGUGUAUGUGGAGCUGGGCGCGGGCAGGGGGUACCUGACUCACAUGCUGUGCUCGUGCUUCCUCGCCCGCCAUGUGGUGCUCGUUGAACGCCGCGCCUACAAGUUCAAGGUGGGGAUGGGAGGAGGGGUGGGGCAGCGGAGGGGUGGGAGAGGAGUGGGUGGGAGAGAGGAGGGGUGGGGGAGAGGAGUGGGGCAGAGGAGGGGUGGGAGAGGAGUGGGUGGGAGAGAGGAGGGUGGGGAGAGGAGGGGUGGGAGAGGAGGGGAGAGGGGGAUUGGGAGGGCAGACGGGGGGACAGAGAAAGGGAGGUGGGAGGGAGGUGGGAGGGAGGUGGGAGAAGAAGGGCUGCUCCUCUGCCCCUUCCCUUCUCCCCCUGUUCAUCUCCCUUCCUCCCGUUUUCUCACUAAUGUUAUCUCUUCCACCUCCCCAUCUCUUCUUGUUUUCGUAUCCCAACCCCCCAACUGCCCCCCGGUCAACUCUCGUUGGCCCCGACACAUUCUCCCAUUGCAGGCCGAUCGCGCUUUGAGGAAACUUCCAGGAGUUAGCCUGAUGCGCGUCCGAGUUGACAUCGCGGAUCUGCAGCUGGCAGCGCUGCCGAGCCUAGAGGGGCGCCUCCUGGUGGCAAUCAGCAAGCACCUCUGCGGCCCCGCCACAGACUUGGCCCUUAGGUGCUGCCUGAACGCCUCACAGACAAGCCAACCCAGUCAACCGGGUCAACCAGGUCAGCAGGGUCAACCCAGUGAAGAGAGUCAACUCAGUCAAGGUCAACAGGAACCCAGUCAGAAGGGUCAACAGGGUCAACCCAGUCAAGAGAGGCAUCAGGGAACGCGCCUGGCAGGGCUAGCCAUUGCUACGUGCUGCCAUCACCUGUGCGACUGGGAUUCUUAUGUCAACCCGGCCUUCUUCACGCGACUGGGCUUCACCCCAUCAGACUUUGCAGCGGUGGCAUGGAUGAGCAGCUGGGCGCUGCUGGAGGAAGGUAAGGGCGCAGGAGGGGGCGGUGACGGUGUGGAUGGGAAGAGCAUGGGAGGUGGUGAGGAGGAGGGCCAAGAUGCAGGUGAGGUGGCCGGUGGUGCAGCAGCAGCAGCAGCAGCAGCAGCAGCAGCAGCAGCAGCAGCAGCAGCAUCAGGAGUUGUCCGUUCAGAAGCAGCGGUAGCAGCCAAGCGGAAUGGAAUAGAAGUGGGGAAGGAAGGUAUGGAGGAAGAUCAGCCACAGGAGGCAGCAGCAGCAGCAUCAGCAAAGGCAGCAAGCAGGCCAACCCCGUGGUUCGCGCAUCUGUCAGUGGAGCACAAGGUGCAGGUGGGGAGGGCGUGCAAGAUGCUGAUAGAUGCGGGGCGCCUGGAGUGGCUGCAAGGCAGGGGGCUGGGGAUGGAGUAUGUGGAGUACACCACUGCUGAUGUGUCGCCUGAAAACAGGAUGCUGCUUGCUGUUGGGAACCAAGAAAAACAGAAGGAUGCAUUUGGGAGCAGGCUCGAGUAG